AUGCACCAGCCUUCCCGCCCCGUCUCCCCAACCUUGACUCCUAACAAUGGGACUGCUAAUGCGACCGACGAUUGUAAAACCCUACCUGAUCCCUACAUCGAACGUCUGCGCGCCGCCUCCCUCGUCAAGUCCCCCAACAACGCGUCAACGCCGAGCCCCUCUCCUCUGGCACCCCCAACCCCUGGGACUCCCCCAGAGUCGCCUCGCCGCCGAGCCUUACGGGUGUCUCCUACGCAGCGACGCGGCCGAACGCGAGGGGCCCCCACUGCGGAGUCUACCCAGAUGCAACCGGAGGUCAUAAACGUCGACGCCACGACCACUGAGGUGACAAUAAAAGAGGAGGAAGACCUCGAACUGAACGCUCUGGCCUUACGACGCACCCGCUCUGACAAGCAACAGAUAGUGGCAAAGGUAAAGAACAAAAAGCAACGAUCGAAAAAGAGCGCGAAGGCCGCAGGCAAAGCACCAGCGAGUGUAGGGAAGGGGCUGCCAAGCUCGGUGGUGCCAGCCGCUGCAGUCGUCCAGACGCCUGACCCUCCUCAGCGCUCGACUAGCGACAUGCGCAAGCGGCGCCGGGUCUCCACGGACGUUGACGGGGACUAUGCGGGGACCGGAGCGACGACUCGCACCCAAGACGCACCCUUGACGACUGACCCCGAAAAGCAGACUCGGUACGUGGUUGACAUCGGGGAAAUGAUGGGCUUCCCGCGCUACGAGGCGUCCCCGGGCCUCGACGACGACCGCGACGACCCACCGGCGACCACCACCUCCGACGUCGACAUGCGGGACCCUGAAAUCUAUGGGCGGCCCAUCAGUUUAGACUAUGAGUCCGGCGCGACGAGACGUGACGACGACCGGCCGAGCUUUCCUUACGCUCGUCGAGCGUCGGACGGAUCCUACUCGACACGCAUCAUCUACCCGGACGACUCCCGUCGCGAGCACCAAUACCUAAGUCGUACCACGGCCCUCCACGAGGGCGACGUUGAAGAUCUAUACGAGAAUGCGAGCGCCUUUGCAUACCCGCCGGCACCUGAGCAAGCGGGUCCGUCGAGGAUCGAGACGUCCAGUGAGCCUCCCCGGCGCAGGGCAGGCCCGCGUAGCACCACACCUGAAGAUGUCGAUAUGAGCCGACAGAUGCUGGAAAUCGAGGCAGCCAGUAGGGCGCCGCGCUCCGUGUCUAGCCGACCCAUUCCCCUCUCACCCGCACCCGCCCCGCCUGCCCAGACACGAGAGGAAGAAGACGCUCGCUUCGGGCCCCGCAGGCCGCGCUCACCCUCGGUACUCCACCCGCACCCCGUCCAUUACGCCCCGGGCCCGUUCCCGAACUUCCCUGCUCCCGCAGGACCCAUACAGCCCCUCGCGCCAGCACCAGGAGCGUCACAACCAAUCACGAUGACGCGCACGCCUCCCGAAGGCUGGCCGCGCAUCCAGGGCGCGGAUUUUGACCUGGCAUACCGGAACGUGGCGCCCUCGCAAGCAGACGAAUGGCGGAAGGCGACGGACCACCACGUCUUCAUCCACUUCCCGGGGCGCGGAGCGCACGACAAAGGGAACUUCGGUAGACUCUGUACUGCGGACAACAUCCUACGUAUCUCCCUCGCUAUACCGACUGCUAGCAUCACCCAACCUAUCGCCGCCGUGCCGCCUACGAAGCCCAACUCCAGCCCAACGUACUACCGCGUCGGGAACCUAACCAUUGAACAACGGGACCGCUUGCUACGCGAGGGAUGGGUCUCUACCGCCGAGGGAACUUUCGGCGUCGUCUCAUCUGACUCUGUCCCACCCACCUUCCUAGCCUCCUUCCGGCACCCUGAACGGCUGUGCGUACCGCCGACGAAGGGGAUGAUGAGUCCUGACCUCUACCAAUACGUUCGCGCACUCCUAACCAUCGACAUCCGUACGGGCGGAAGAUGGCGUCACCUCACGAUAGGGGAGGCACAUCGCUGCAUCAUAGACUCGGUCUGGGUCAAGUUGAUCUCCAUCCGGGACUCGCGCGACGACGAGGAAGAACCGAUCGCGUUCCUCUACAUGGAAUCGCCGACCGCCGACGCUACCGAAUGGCUCUGCUUCCGCGAACGCAUACGCGGCUUCACGUUCGGCAGCCCGUAUGCUGGCCCUCCCGAGUUGGUCACCCGCGUCUUCUACUGCUUAUUCUGUCAUUCUAUAGACCAUCCCACGCAUGCAUGCACGGUCCCGACGACCCCCGGAUGGAAUGGGCCCUCCCUUGCGGACGUCCGUGAAGCCCUAGCAACCGAUCGCCGGUCGCAGAACCAGGACCAACAAGGCCGAGGAGGCAGAGGCGGACGCGGUGGCAGAGGCGGCCGUGGACGAGGAAACGGCCGUGGUCGUCGCGGUGGAGCGCCAACUAACGAGCAGCAGCGCGCAAGUUUGCUCGGCGUCCUGAGCCAUCCCCCGAGUCUACGCACCGCUGCCGAUAUACCUAUGACUCUCUGA